AUGGCAACCCGUUCCCGGCUGCCCUCUCAAGCCUGCUCCCCUAUUGAUCAAGGGGACAUGGGACCCUACCUUCCAUCAACUGCCACUGUUGAACUUGGCAAAGUCUCCCUCAAGCGUGUCAUGCAACUCCUCCUUGACCUCCUUGGCCAUGUUGAGUGCCUUGAGCAGGAAAUUGCUGAGAUCAAGGAAGCAGGGAUCAAGACCCAAACAAACAUGGAGAACAUCUCCCAAACCAUCAAUACUGUCAAGGAUGGGCUUAGAAGCCUCCAAUCCCAAGGGCCCCAGACACCUGAGGGUGUUGAAGAAUCAGUAUCACAGUCUAUAUUUUGGUAUUGGCUCUUGAGUACCUCAGUUCACUAUUCUACAGUCAAACUGAGAUAA